AUGUCUCCAUACUCCCUCGUUGUCAUCGGUUCCGGCCCUGGAAUCGGCUCCCAUGUUGCCCGCCAGUUCGCGAAACAGGGCUUUUCGAAGAUCGCCUUGGUAGCUCGAAACUCGACACAACUGGUGAAGGCUCACAUUUCGGUAGAGGAAGCGAUGCGGGGCGCCAAUGUCGUUGUGAAAACUUAUUCUGUUGAUAUUACAGACAGUGAGAAACUGAAAGCUACCCUGGAGCAAGUUGAAAUUGACUUGGGACCACCCGAAGUGGUGUUUUUUAAUGCAGCGCGAGUUCUACCAAGCACCCUGUUGGAAACUAGUGAUGAUGAGAUGGUGUACGACUUCAAGAUUACGGUAAACGCUCUUCACCAAACAGCCAAGUGGGCAGUCCCCCAACUUACCAAACUCGCCAAAACCGACUCUUCUGCAAAACCUUCGCUCAUUGUCACCUCUUCACACCUCCCGCGAGAGCCUCUCCCUGAAGCCUUUGUGCUGUCCUUAACCAAAGCUGCCCAGCGAAACUUGAGUGAAUCCCUGGCUAAGGUUUAUGGGCCACAAGGAGUACACAUUGGUCUUGUGAUUGUGGCUGGAAUGGUGGCACCAGAUAACGACAAGCUGAAUCCGCUACAUAUUGCCGAGAAGACCUUUGAGUUGUAUAACCAGGAGAGGGAUGAAUGGACUUUGGAGGUGGUUAUCAGAGAGUAG